UUGCUAAACAGAGUUUGCCGAAGCAUCGAUGACAUCUUCCUGAAGGCAUUGUGUUCUGGCGAAAACACCGUGACAAACAUUACGUGGCGUUUGUCUCUGCUAAAUACAAAUGUUUUCUCCACAGCCUCGCCACACACAGAUAGCAUCACUGCACUACCCCAGUCCACCCUUCAACCCUCUUGAAAAAUCCCAUGACAUUUAUCUUGUGCCGCGUGUGACGGGAGGUGGCUGCCAGGACAUGUGCCCGAGAUUAUGUCACAGAACUGAAAGUCGACAUUUGCGAUAAGCUCGCACGAGGAGACGAAGCAGACGAUAGACAGGCCAGUGGACCACGUGACGAGUGCAGGUCCGUGACAGGUUAGCGGUCAGUACAGACUGCGCGCGGCCAGGUCAACAUCAGCAACAGGUGCCCCGAGGUUGUGUUCCUGUCACCUGAAGCAGUUGUUUCCAGGUGCAUGAUGGUGGACAGACAGUCGCAAGUGUUUGCCAUGCUGGACGACUUCGCGUACGAGUGGAAAACACGCUUUCCCCGCAUUCCACCCCCUCUUGUCGGUGUGUUGGGCGGUGUGAGGUCGGCCGGCCAGCGCGGUGCAGCAGGUGACGAGCGCCUGACUCCGCAGCUUGUGGCGCAGCUGCAAAGCACUCUCCGGUGCACGGAGGAGAAAAUUUUGCAGCUGGAGGAACAACUGGCGAGCAAACGAUACCUGCAGCAAUUUUUAGAGCGGGUGCUGAGCUGUGUGAAUGCCGCGCCUACCCCGACCACCCUUCCCGGAAAAGACAGCUCCGCGGGACAAGUGCAGACCUUGGUUCAAUCCCUUGAACAGUUUUCCUCUCCUGACAAUAAGCGGAGUUCCCUCGACUCCAAAUCAGGUGUGGGGGUUUCUCGGGCGCGAGCCCUACCUGCGCCGUCACACACCUCGACCUAUGGCAAGGAGGCACGCGUGACGUCACAGGGUCGUGAAACAACUUUCACGCAGACCACUUGGCCCCGCCUUCACAAACCCGACAUUGUGACAGACACGCGACACACAGCGAGCUCUCACUCGCCGCAUGCACCCCAGUGGAGCAGUUCAACAGGUGUUAGAAACAAGGUAGAGGUCAGUUGUAGCGGCGCCGGCCUCAUCAAGCAGACGUCGCUGCCGUCGUAUGGUGUGGAUCAGGUGUGUGCCUCGCAGCCGGAGUAUGUGACCAGAGCUGUGUCCAUCGGGACUCGGUCCACCGCAGACAUGUUUCGAGGAAAGAAAGGAAAGCUGACGCCGAGGCGAUCAGACGUAGGACAUUUGGACAGCAAAGACAACAGCGCCAUCUUCGGUCAGAGAGAGAUGAUGACACAGUCGUACCCCCGCCUGGAGGGUAGCGUGAAGGGCACUUUUCAGUACCUGAAACUCACCGAUGGCUUCAACAUCGUGCUGACAGACACCCUCGACCCCCCAGCGGCUACACCACGUCACGCAUCGACUGGUGUGAAUGAGCACAUCGACAAAAACACCAAUAUCACCACCGCUGACAAGGACGAGGACAGUGACAACCCUUACGAUAACAAUCCGUCGGCCUUGACCUGUGGCCAACAGAACACACUGAAGAUGAAGCACUCAGUGCACUCCGACGACAGGUGUGGUCAGGUGGAUGCUGGAGGUGAUGGUGGUGUGUGUCCCACGGCCUCUCACUCGCCCCCGUCUCGUCACGCCACGCCGGAUUCGAACCACGACUCGGCGGUGGGUGUGUACAACACCAUCAUCUCCAUCACCAGCGGCUCACCCACGCCAAAGGCCCGGACCAAGCCCCCCCUUCCGGCAAAACAGAAAAACCCUUCUGCGUUUCUGUACGACUCGAGCGUGACGUCAGCGGAGUGCAAGGAGGAUGCAGGGAGGGGCCGAGGUGACGGGAAGGAGGCACUCAGCGCCAAGGUCGGGGAGACUGACACGUGUGUGCACAUCGGGCGCGCGCUUGUCACAGCCGGGCACUGCAUGCACACUUCGGGUCCCGGACGAGAGCUUCGCGGUGAGCAAACGCGUGCCGACAGUCAGACGACACGGAACGUGGACACGAGCGGCAGUCAUCCUCACCGUGACCUAGUGACCCCAGCGUCUCCCUUACGACCCGAAAGUCAUAGAGACGACGAUCGAACGGGUGCCCCUAGUGCAGCGGGGAUCGCUGGUGUUCAUUCCUCGUCGGAUCGAGAUGGGACCAGCAACGGUGUGCACGCUCUGUGUUUGGCCAGCGUGAACCGAGUGCUGGAGGUUAACCACAUUCUAGGCGACAAGAAGCAGAUGCCCGAGGGCGCUGGAGUAAUGUCCAACUUCACGUUGUUGGCGGGGCCGGGGGAGGAGGAGCUGACAGAAAGGUACAGAAGACUGAGUGACGAUAACGGGCGAGUGACCCCUACAGCCCCACCGGUCCCUCCGCCCUUCAUCGAGACAGACAUCGAUGCCGACGACGACGAAUCGGUGGCGUUACGCGAGAAGGGGGUAGCAGUGGGAGCAGCAGCAGCAGCCACCCGCGACAAAGCUCGCCACAAAAGCAACACGUAUGAGAACUGGACCAUCGACAGAGCGGUCACCCAACAGAUGGGCGACCUCACCAGCGAGGAAGACGAGGACACGGACGACAAUGCCUCGCCUUACUCCACGCUGGGCAGGGGGGUCGGGGGCGGCACCUUUGACCUCCAGUCGCCAGCCCCCCUCCCCUCGCCGCUAGCCUCAACAAACGACGGAGCUGACGACUUUUUGGAGCAUCGCCUGUCAGACCAGAGCUUCAUCAAGAAGCUGAACUCUCUCCAGCAAGAAGACGAAGAAGAUGCGCCUUUAUCUCCACUACCAGGCGAACGUAACCAUGACGACAGAGCUUCACUUGCAUCAGACAUUGUCUUCUUCCAUGGACCAGAGCGACCAGAGUCACCACAAGGCAAAAGAGGAUCAUCAAGAGAACGAUAUCCAUCUGGUGAUGAUCCAGGGAUGCCUUUUAACCUUAAUUCUACAAACAACUCCAGCAGCUGUGAGGAGGAACAUGACUUCAUUGACACUUCCUUUGAUGAUUUGGAUGGAGACAGCUCAUCUGCUGUGUCGGUGUCUCAACGAGACAACAAGCUCAAAAUGCGUCACCUACUGGUGUGUGGGGUGCUGGAUACAGAGAGAGCUUAUCUGGCCAUUCUUGAGUUGCUGCUCCAUUACAAGCGGACACUUGAAGCUUCCUGUAAGACCUCUCAGCCAGUCAUCAGUGAAGACGACAUCAACACCAUCUUUGGCAACUUGCCACAGGUGUUCCAUAUUCACCAAAAGUUUGUGGAAGGUCUACAGGCCAAGAUUAAUGACUGGAGUCCUGAGCAGACAGUUGGUGAUGUCUUCAAGGAACUGGUUGUCAUGUUCCCAGACUUUGGGGAAUAUGUAAAGGGAUACAAAAAUGCAGUUGCAACCAUUCAUAAGUGCAGUCAUGAAAACACCCAUUUCCAGGAGCUGGCUCGGCAAAUUGUCCUGACAUCAACAACAAGAGAAGUGACCAACCUUGAGGAUGCCCUAUUCAAGCCAGUUCAACGACUACAGAGAAACACUCUGGUUCUGCAUGAUCUGAUCAAGCACACCCCAGAAGACCACUCUGACUACAAACUCCUUCAGAAAGCCCUGCAGCUGACACAGUACAACCUUGACAACUUUGAUGCAUCAGUUGUCAGCCAUGGGCGGGGAGAAGAACGGCAGCGGCUUGUCAAAAGCAGUUUUCUUGUUGAGUUGGUCAGUGGCUCACGCAAACUGCGCUUCAUCUUUCUCUUCUCGGAACUGCUAGUGUGCACUAAACGUCAACAACAUAGGUCUGGCAAGGUGACUUUUGAGUGCAAGUGGUAUGUUCCAAUAAGGAAUCUCAGACUUGACACCAAGUUUGCAUAUCAAGAUGACAUGAAGUCUUCAAGAAAAGAUGAUAUUGAUGAUCUGAAGCGGAAAAUCCGUGGCUUCAAGUCAGAGCUAAAGAGAGAAAUGAAGAAAGAAGGGAUAAAAGAUAAACAUUGGUCGAUUACCAGUUUGUCAAACUCAAGAAAUAUAGAGAAGCUGAACAAGAAGAUCAGUGAGCUGGAAGCUCAGCUGAUUCUUGCAUCACCACGGUUACCGUUUAAGGUAACUAGUGACUCAGACAAGUGGCACACGCUUCUAAUGACAACGGACUAUGAGCGAGAAGAAUGGCGAGAAACAAUUACCUCUCUUUUAAGGAAGAGCACUUAUCAAAACCAGCCCAUGCUAAGCGCCUACGAUGUCCAGGAGAUUGUGAACAGUGUCAGAGAGUUGCCACAGGUGAAUAAGAUUGGCACAGUUCUCUUGCAAACAGAUGAGGAUGCUAUAUUUGGGACCCUGAAUGUAACCAUCCACAAGUUGAAUGGACUACAAGAACCUUGUGAUACCUACUGCUGCCUGGAGAUGGACAGUUUUGGUCAUUUCUUCAUGAAGGCCAGGACUAACAUAUGCCACAACUCUGUAGACCCUUCCUGGAAUGAGGACUUUGAGCUGGACCUGGAGGGUUCACAGACCCUUAGGGUUCUAUGUUAUAAAAAGGGUCCAGAAACGGAAGGAGACAUUCUUCUGGGCAGGGGUGCCCUGGAGAUGAGCAAAUCGUGGCUGAAGGGAACAUUUCAGGAAAGAAAUGUGGUGAUGAAUGAGUAUUCUUUAGUGAUUUCCGUUCGUUACACUGCAGCAGAAAAAACUAUGAAGCGAACACCUUCCAAACAAACUGCAGCAGUGUUUGGUGUGAAGAUAGGGGUGUGUGCAAGGCGGGAAGGCAAAACUGUGCCCACUAUUGUUACCAUCUGUGUCCAGGAGGUAGAGAAACGAGGAUUGAGCGAGACAGGCAUCUACCGGGUGUCAGGUGUUACAUCUGAUGUACAGAAAGUCAAGAAAUUGUUUGACAAAAGUCCUAAGAAUGGUGUGGCCAAUUUGGCAGAUGUGGACAUUCACACUGUAACAGGAGUUCUAAAGCUUUACCUGCGAGAAUUGCCUGAGCCACUGUUCACUGAGGCCUGCUACCAGAACUUCAUUGAUGCUUUGAAACUGAGUGAUGGUGAGGCUAAAGAGAGAUGCAUGUUGUCACUGCUCCACAACCUCCCCGACACCAACUACUACACCAUAGUCUUCCUGCUGGAGCAUCUUAUCAAAGUGGCCAAACAUAUGCAAGAUAACAAAAUGAGUGUCCACAACCUUUCAACAAUCUUUGGGCCAACGCUGCUUGCACCUGCUGCCAAGGAGUCUGAGGUCAGUCCCAUGGAGAUGAUGUCAAAAGGUGCUGAAGAGGUAAUGAAGCAGUCAGCUGUAAUCCAUUACUUUCUCAACUUGCUGAUGAUGGGAGGAAGUCUUCGGCGAUCUUCAGCUGCAGUCAGCUAGAUUAAAAUGUCGUGACUGAGCAUAGAGACAGCCUGGCAUGCCACUCAGCAUGCAAGUAGAUGUCCUGUUGCAGCUGGUGUCACCACUACAGAGGGCUAUGCUUUGACAAAGGGAGACAAACACCAAGGUGUGCAAACUCACAGAAAGAAUGAUGAUUUGUCUCCAAGAUAAAUAGCAUUAGCAAAAAAGUAGCCAUUUAAUACUUGCUUGUGGAAGCCUUUCAUCCUCAUGUGCUGGGUGCUUUGACUGCUUUCAGCGUGAUGUGCACGACAAUUUGCAUUUUCUGCAGCAAUGUUAGUCUUGAGAUGACAGUGAGAAAUGCUGGUCCUAUCUUGGUUUCUCAUAAACAGAAAAGACAAGCAAAAAAAACAUUGGCCAGAUUUGGGUUGAAUAAGAUUGAUUGGACACUUAGCUGAAUGAGAGCUGGUGAUUGGAUGCUUUGUAACAUUUGGAAAUGGUGAUGUAAAUAGGGUACAACUUCAGUUGUUUUUCAUUAAUUAAAAAAAAGGGUUUUAAAAAUAUUUUGACGUGCUUCUUUUAAUCAACAAGAUGGUAACACCAGUGUGUUCUUCGCAUUCAUGAGCUGGCAUGGUGACUGAAUUCUGUUGGAUCUGACAUGGUUUUUCCAAGGCUUGACACAUUUUUAAUUAAAAAAACUGUUAUGGACAUAAAUUAGGUGUACAUACUAAUCAUCAAUGGAGGAAAAAAAACAUACAGUUUGUGAUUUCCAGAAUUUUCAGAGGAGCAGAACAAUGCCUUAUGAGGGAAAAAAAGGCAGCUGUGUAUGUUGACUAUCAUUUGCAAACUAUUUAUUUUCUCUAUUGGUGCAUACCCACAUAAAAAUGUACAUUUUCUGAUUUGUCAUAUUUUAUUGUCUUCAUCAUGACAUGGUGCCUUGACAGGCUAUAAUCUCAUGCUAUUUUACUGCUAUAUAUUAUCAUUCUUUUGUAUUUAAGUUAUUCCUUAUUUUUAAAUUAUCAAAGAAAUUUUCCAAGGUCCAUGAAGUUGAUAAAUUUGAGCUGUUUUAGAUACCUGUACCAGGUAUUAAAUGUUGAAGUUGGUUUGCUUGAUAAAGUAUGUUAAACUCAGGGAUGAGCAUUCCAUUUAUCUUCUUUUUUUUUUUGUAAAAAAAAAGAGUUGGAAUGGUUGUUUGAAGGGGAGAUAAAAUAAAAAGCUAAAAAAAAAUACUAUCUCUUAGUUCCAGGACAUGUCUCUAAAAUCUUGUUUGUUGCCUACAAUAUAGCUACAGCCUAUCAUUCAUUGUGGAUAUGAGGUGGUUGGUUAUAUGAGUUUAGCAGACAAGAGAAACAUUGAAUACCCAUUUACCACCUCAUUUGCCAUCAAACAUUUCCUCUGUUCUCACAGUAUUGGUAGAGUUAUAAUUCAUAGUACACAAAAUGAAGAGCAGUAUUGAUGUUUUCAUCUUAAUGAUCCAUGGAGCACAAAGGCUAAAAAUACAGUAUUGAAGACUGUCACUAGCAGAAAUUGUUAGAAAGAUGACAAUGAAUAGUGUCUUUCAAAAAGUGGCCAAAAUCUUUUCAACUGGCAGGGUAUGUCUUUAAGUACACUGUAUAAGUAUGCUUAUAAAUAAGGUCAAGUGCCUUAAGCUUUUGGACAAAUUUUUUUUUUAAACAGUAGGUUAGUGUAAUCGAGACAAGCAAACUACCUGCAAACUUUGGAUCUGAGUUUUGAUUGACAUUUUGUAUUAUACAGUCAGAUCUUUCUGUUGACAAUAUGAGACUUUCAUGAGUGUCCCAGCUAUUUUCUCAUUUUGGAUGGGGAAACUGUGGUAAACGAUGCCCCAGCACUCAUGCUCAUGUAGUGACUGGCAGGUUGUUGAAAUACAAUAGCAUUAUAGGGCAGUAAGAAGGCUCUAGAGCAAAUCUCUGUUCUGAGAAAUUAGUAAUCUAUAUAACUCAUUCGAAAGUGAUAUACCCAUAGCAUUAAUUUCAACCAUUUUGUACAUUCUGAAUAUCCAGCUCUGCGAUUGUAAUCCUGUGCAAGGUGUAGCAUACAGAAGGAAAGCCAACAUCUAGUCUAUCCCAUGUGAGGCACAGUAGACUUGAGGCAGGGAGGUAGGUCCAUCCACUCUUAUGUUUUUGGUUGAUUUUUACGUUGCUGCUCCUCUAUUCUGGAUGCUUCCAGCGAGCCUUUUAACCACUAUAGAGAAAGAAAAUGUUUGGGAAGUAGGUGUGACAAAGACUGCUGAUAUGGCUCUUGGCCCAGAAAUGGAAGUGUCUCUUACAACAGUGCAAUUCAUUGACCAGUUAGGAUGUUGCAUAUUUUACAUAACAUAUUAAGAUACCUCUGACUAUAAUUAUUGUAUCACUUUAUCCUGCUUCAUACCUAGUUUUCUGAUAACGGUUGCAUUAUAAGUUUUUCUUUAAUAGUCAUUACAAAAUAUGAGAGUCCAGCCUCUGGCCCCCAACUAGAAAUAGAGUAGUGGGUAACUGUUCAAAAUGGAGAGAGAGCACCACUUUUCUGUACAAAUGUAUACAUAUAAAGGAUAAAUGGAUAUUUUAAAUGGUCAUAUUUGCUCAUUAAAAAAAAAGGCUAUUUU